AUGGUUCAUGAAACUACGUUGAGACUUCCAGGUGAUUUUAUCAAUGUAUCUAAUAACUCAACAAAUCCAUAUUUAUUUUUAGAUAAUCAUCACCGAAUCAUGUGUGCAUUAAAACCAACACCUACUGCUCAUCACAACAAGGGCAAAAUGUUUAUUUUGAAAGAUAUGGACACAUGCACACAUGUAUACCCCAGAGCAGAUCAUGUCCGGAAGCCUUUAGAACCACCUCACAGUGGGCCUUAUGAAAUUCUAGAGCGAGUCACUGACCGGAUUUACAAACUCCGCAUAAAUGAGACUGAAAAGAACUUCGCUGUAAAAAGAUUAAAACCCGCUUACAAUAACAAAUCAGAUACUGAUUGCAAAUCAGAUUCGAAUUCACAUCACAGACCAUCAGCCACGAAACCAACUAAGAAGACUCCAAAAAAGAAAGUUACGUUUAACAUAUGA